AUGGAUCCGUCGUCGAGCCUCCCACGGCCCUCUGGCAUUCCCAGGCCCGCGACCUCGCGUCUGCCCGUCCUGCGACCCUCGGGCAGCCAACCCCAGCUGCGGUCGCCAGCCUCGAGCAGCCAACUGCGCAAGAAGCCCUCGCUGGCCUCGACAGCACGCCCAGCACGUCCAGCACGCCCAGCACAGCCCUCGGCGCCGUCCAGGGCACCCGCACCCGCGCCCACCGUCCAGCGAAAGCCCUCGAGAUUCUCCCUCGUCGCCCCCCCGUCCGCGUCCUCGACCGCCGCCACCACCGCCACCGCCACCGCCACCGCCGCCCCGCCGAACACGAACCCGCCGCUGACCAAGCGACCCAGCCGCGCCUCCCUCGUCCCCUCCUCUGCGCGACGCGUGAGCGGCAUCCCUGGCUCCGCCCUCCCGCCACCGCGCAGUGUCUCGAGCACCCAGCCCGCCCCGACCUUCAAGAAGCCCCUCGCGCGCCCGCCCUCGCGCCAGACCAGGACCCCCUCGCAGCCCCUCCGCACCCCGAGUGCAAGCCGGGACGACGAUGUCCUGGGCCGUCUGGAUGGCUUCCGCUCCGCCUCGCGCGCGUCCUCGAGAGCCGACUCGCGCCCACGCUUCCACGAGAGCAGCGCCUCGCCUGAAGACCUGCCAGAUGCCCACCCCGAAGACGUUGCGGAAAGAAAGCCCCGCCCCUCGCUCUCGGACAGGACCAUAGAGAGCCUGUCGCACCUGCCCUCUUCGCCUGCAAGCGGCAAGGCCAGGCGCCGAAGGUCCAGCUUCUUCGGCCAGGACAACCCCAUGCCACCACCACUGCGGCCCGCCUCCGCCAUGUCGAACAAGAGCAGUGGCAGCAGACCCACCACCAGCGAUGGCCCCGCCCACCGCCUGCCACUGACACCCGGCAAGCCCAGUGCGCCCUCCACACGCCUGUCCAUGACGGUGCCCGGCAAGAGGAGCGUCAGCGCCGUUGCCUCCACGCCCACCACCACGCCAAGCCGCAUCUCGUCCACGUCGCGCCCAGCCACCGCCAUCAAGAAGCCAACACUAGUCCCCACACAGAACACCCGCACGCCCUCCAAGCCAGCGCCUCUGUCCAACAGCAAAACCCUCGUUUCCCGCACCCCAAACGCACCUCCACCCGUCAACGACACCUUUGGACACGCCCUAUCACCACCGGGCACCGCUGCCACACCCCCUCCACAGCCACCGACUGGCUCUGUCCGCAAGCUGCCCAGCGCCUCGGCUGCCCUCCGCAACUCCAUCGCCCAAGCCAAAGCAGCGCGGAAACAAGAAAUCGGCGACUCGCCCAACGGGACACGGAACGAGGCCUUGAACGCCUCGAACGCCUCGAACGCCUCGAAUUCCUCAAUCGCCUUGAGAGAGCAGAUUGCAAAGGCCAGAGAAGCUGCAAAGCGAAACAAGGCCGGUCCCGUUAGAGCAGACACGCCGCCCAAAGACGCCAUCAUACCUGACCCAGAUGAAAUUGCCGGUUUCGACUUUGGCCUUGGCGAUCCUUUCAACCAGGCCUCAAAGGGCGCCGUAUCCGUAUUGCGCAAGCGUGUCGACGGCGCCCGUACAACCGGCCGUCUCAACAUUGCAGGCAUGCAGUUGAGCGAGAUGCCAGACGAGGUCCUCCGUAUGUACGACCCCAACGACACCACCGUAGCCUGGGGCGAGAUAGUAGAUGUCACUGCCAUCGUGGCAGCUGACAACGACCUGGAGACGCUGCCCGACGGCAUGUUCCCGGACGUGGGCGUGGAAGACUGGAUCGACCUGGACGAAGCGGGUCCGCAGUUUGGAGGUGUGCAGAGCCUCGACUUCCACGGCAACCUACUGCGAGAGCUGCCCACGGGUCUUAGACGGCUUGCUGAGCUCACGAAGCUCAACUUGUCCAGAAACAAGCUCGACGUGGGCGCACUCCAAGUCAUCACACAGGUGACAUCCCUGCGCGAGCUGAAGCUUGCCGAGAACAACCUUGUAGGCGAGCUGCCAUCCAGUAUGGCAAGCCUGACCCAGCUGGAGGUUCUGGACGUUGCAAGCAACAAACUCAUCAGCCUGCCAGCCGAGAUUCGAGAGCUUACUCAGCUGCGGAGUCUCAAUGUGGCCGACAACCAGCUCCGGACAGUACCAAUGGAGCUGUUCACAGCGACAUCUCUGACGGAUCUGAACGCUACCAAGAACCGCCUCGAGGGCGCUUUCUUCACUGUACCGUCUGCACCGCUUCUGCAGGACCUGCGACUGUCCGGUAACACGAUUGCCGCUCUAUCUGGGUCCGACGCACUGGAUCUGCCUGCUUUGAGAUACCUGGAUCUUUCGGCAAACAGACUGUCUUCAUUGCCUGACAUGACCUCCUGGACCAGUCUCGGCACAAUCCUUCUGGGCGAGAACAAGAUCGCCGCCUUCCCGGACGGCUUCUUCUCCUUGAACCAACUGCGCAUGGCUGACUUCACCGCCAAUGAAAUCGCCAAGGUGGACGAACGAAUUGCGUUGAUGGAAGCACUGGAGAACCUGACCCUCGCCGCGAACCCCAUCCGCGAGAGAAGGUUCCUCACAAUGAGCACCGACGACAUGAAACGCGACCUUGCUUCACGACUACAGCCCGACGAGUUUGGCGCCGCUGAUGACGACGUCGACGACUUCUUGACCGGGGAACAGGCACCCGAGGUACCGAAUGGCUGGACUGUAACACCGUCCGGGACACUCGAUUUGACCAACAGAAGCUUCACGGAGCUCGAUGACGAUGCUCUCAUCUCUCUAGCAGAGACGAACGACAUCCGCCAGAUCAACCUUCAGGACAAUCUCCUCCAAACAAUACCAACAGCUUUCGCACAUCUCCCUCACCUCACCAUCCUGGACCUCACCAAGAACUGCAUAUCGAGUCCAUUGACCAACGCACUCGACCUCCCCAAGCUCCGCGACCUGCGGCUAUCAGGCAACAAACUUCAUUCCCUGACCCCGCUCAGCGCGCACCUUACCGCACCCUCUCUCCAGACCCUCGACGUCUCUCAAAACCGCCUCACAGGCCCCCUACCCAGUCUGCGCGAUUCGUUCCCGGCUCUCAUCACCCUGAUAGCGAGCGACAACGCCAUCAUCGACGUCCCCGCAGACUCCCUCUCCGGCCUCAAGAUGGUCAACCUAAGCAACAACAACAUCGAGCGCCUGGACCCGCGCAUCGGCCUUCACGCCGGCACCCUCACCAGCCUCAUCGUCGAAGGCAACAAGUUCCGCGUCCCCAACUACCAGAUCCUGAGCAAAGGCACAGACGCCAUCCUCGCCUGGCUCAAAGACAAAGUCCCCCGAGACGCCAAGGGCCGGAGAGAUAGCUGGGCCAGCCAGGGCACGGCGACGGGGACUGAGGGCGGGAGCGAGUUCUUCGACGCAGAGGAUGGCGUGGAUACGUGGUGA